UACAUACAAACCCUAAUACUCCCUUGUUCUCUGUAUCUUCGAUUCCGAUCUUCACACAAUCUGCAUUAUCAUCACCAACAUGGCGUCCGCGCUCCCGCGCCCAACGAGAGUCAAAAACAAGACUCCCGCGCCGAUCCAAAUCACCGCCGAGCAAAUCCUCCGAGACGCUCGCGAGCUGCAAGAACCGGAGAUCCGACCGCCCAAACAGAAGAUCACAGACUCAACCGAGCUCUCCGAUUAUCGUCUCCGUAAGCGAAAAGAAUUCUCCGAGGAGUCCAAGGAUUUUAAUCGGGCGCGGUCGGUGUGUGAGCGCGCGUUGGAUCUCGAUUAUCGAGAUCACACAAUGUGGCUUAAGUAUGCUGAUAUGGAGAUGAAGAAUAAGUUUAUUAAGCAUGCUAGGAAUGUUUGGGAUAGGGCGGUUACGGUGUUACCGAGAGUUGAUCAGUUGUGGUAUAAGUAUAUUCAUAUGGAGGAGAUGUUGGGGAAUGUGGCGGUCGCGAGGCAGAUUUUCGAGAGGUGGAUGAGUUGGGAGCCGGAUUCGCAGGCUUGGUUGAUGUAUAUUAAGUUUGAAUUGAGGUAUAAUGAGAUAGGGAGAGCCAGAGGGGUUUUUGAGAGGUUCGUUGAGUGUAGACCGGAGGUGAAUGCGUGGAUUAGAUUUGCCAGGUUUGAGAUGAAGAAUGGGGAUAUUGGGAGGGCGAGGAGUGUUUAUGAGCGGGCGGUUGAUAAGUUGGGGGAUGAUGAGGAGGCAGAGAGUUUGUUUGUUGCGUUUGCAGAGUUUGAGGAGAAGUGUAAUGAGACGGAGAGGGCGAGGGUUAUAUAUAAGUAUGCGCUUGAUCAUAUGCCAGGAAGGGGGGAGGAUUUGUAUAGGAAGUUUGUGGCGUUUGAGAAGCGGUAUGGUGAUAGGGAAGGGAUUGAGGAUGCGAUUGUUGGGAAGAGGAGGUUUCAGUAUGAGGAUGAAGUGAGGAAGAAUCCGUUGAAUUAUGAUUCUUGGUUUGAUUAUAUCAGGUUGGAGGAGAGUGUUGGGAACAAGGACAGGAUUAGGGAGGUCUAUGAACGUGCCACUGCUAAUAUUCCUCCGGCUGAAGAGAAGCGUUAUUGGCAGCGUUAUAUAUACCUUUGGAUUAAUUAUGCCUUGUAUGAGGAACUUGAUGCACAGGACGUGGAGCGAAGCAAAGAUGUUUAUAGGGAGUGUAUCAAGUUGAUUCCUCAUAAUCAGUUUUCCUUUGCAAAAGUCUGGUUGCUGGCUGCCCAGUUUGAGAUAAGGCAAUUAAAUCUUGAAGGUGCUCGGUUGAUACUUGGACAAGCUAUUGGGAGGGCCCCUAAAGACAAGAUAUUUAAAAAGUACAUUGAAAUUGAGCUUCAACUCGGCAACAUAGACCGAUGCAGAAAGCUGUAUGAAAAGUACUUGGUGUGGUCACCAGAAAAUUGCUAUGCUUGGAGCAAGUAUGCGGAGUUGGAAAGAUCUUUAAGUGAAACAGACAGAGCUAGAGCCAUUUUGGAGCUGGCAAUUGCUCAACCUGCACUGGAUAUGCCAGAGUUGUUAUGGAAGGCAUACAUUGACUUUGAGAUAUCUGAGGGCGAAUUUGAAAAAACGAGACGACUGUAUGAGAGACUUCUUGAGCGUACAAAGCACUUGAAGGUGUGGAUCAGCUUUGCAAAAUUUGAGGCAUCUGCUAUGAUAGAGAAUCAGGAUCCUGAAUUGCCUGAAGAUGAAACCAAGCAGUCACAGCAGCUUCAGUGCCUCGAGAAUGCCAGAAAGGUUUUUGAGAGUGCUAUCAACUACUUCAGGACAUCUGCUCCUGACCUGAAAGAGGAAAGAGCCAUGUUGCUAGAAGAAUGGUUAAACCUGGAGAGCAGUAUUGGCGAGCUUGGGGAUGUAAGUUUGGUGCGUGCAAAGAUGCCGAAAAAAUUCAAGAAGCGGAGGCUUAUCGACACCGAGGAUGGUCCUGCUGGUCACGAGGAGUACAUCGACUACAUCUUCCCUGAAGAAGCACAAGCCCCAAAUAUGAAGUUUUUAGAUGCUGCUUACAAGUGGAAAAAGCAAAAGACGGCCAGCAACCAAUACUGAAAUUUUCUAGCCACUACCUAUUUUUACAUAACAUUAGUCAUUUAUUUUAUAUUAAUGAAUGGAAAAUUCAUUUUCCUCCUC